AUGGAGAGGCAGCGGCGCAAGAGGAAGGCCGAGACGCUCGACUCGGAUCGCGAGCGCCUUUCGAAGCGCCUCAGUCGGCUCAAUAUAGAGCCAAAGUCCAAGCUCCACGUCAAGGCCGAGACACCGGCCAUUGCCACCGCAUCGUCAACAUGCCCCAAGCCGACGUCGGAUGAGAACGAGACGAUGCAGGUCGACGAUUCCAAGCACAAAGUGUACAUCUACGAUCUGGAUGCCGAGCUCUCCUCAGACAGCGAAAACGACGACGGCAAGCUCGUCUUCCUGCCAGACAUCGAGAAGCAUCUGCGUGAGAACCGCAUCCCGCGCCACAUCCUGGCCAACGAUGAGGGCGAGCUGGCUGGCAUGCAGUUGGUUCUCUACAGCGAUCCCAAGUCCCUCUCGGUGCCCGAAGAAAAGGACAGCGUGCGCAGGGCCAUCAUCGAAGCCCGACAUCGAGCGAGAGAGGAGCAGAAGAAGAUAGUCAAGCCCGACGAGAUACCCAACAAUGUCAUGCCGCCUCAAAUGGCGUCUCAGACAUACUUCCAGACCCCCGCCGUAACGAUGCCGCGCAGCGACCCUGCGUCAGCUCCGUUCUUCCACGUGGACGAUCCGUGCGAUGCCAUGGAGGUUGAUUAA